GCCCCCUUCUCCACCGCCGCUCUCCUCGUCCUCCUCCCCCAGAAACCCCUUUCAACAAAAUGCCCCCAAGGAUAUCAUCACACUCGCUACAGGCAUGUAGCGCAGAGAUCUCGAGCCUGGCGAGCUCGAGCAACUCCAUAAUAAUAAGCUCUGCGUCGCCUCUGGAGCGGGCGCUGCUAACGCGCCGACCACCAGCGCUGUCCUCGCCCUCGCCUUCAUCCUCCACCAGGAGAACCUUCUCCACGACCACAGAACGGAGGCGGAACGUACCAAUUGCCAAGGCCGGGUAUAUAAAAUGGAUGAGGGAGCGGGGCAAGGACUUGGAAUCGCACACGCCCGGCCAGACCAACUACCUCGGCGGCGAGAGCGCCAGGCGGCAACCCUUCCCGUCGAACCCGGCCUUCACCAGCCAGCCUGUGCUGUCGGAGGAGGCGCGCGAGAUGAUCUGGAAGAGGGUCUUUAUGGACGAGGAACCCAUCAAGGUGGUGUCUGCACAGCUGGGUGUGGACCACAGGAGGGUUGCCGCCGUGGUCAGGAUGAAGACGGUGGAGAAGGAGUGGGAAAAAGAGGGUAGGAAACUGGCCGUCCCCUACUCUCGAGCCGUCCUCGAGAUGGUCCCGACCCAUAGCUACCCAGACAACCAGCCCAUCCAACCACUGGAGCCGUUCAACGAGAUCCAUGUCCACGGGUACACAAUGCAGCAGCUCUUCGUGCCGACUUCGGAGUCGCGACACUUCACCCGCGAGGAUGCCGCCAAGGCCUUUCACCACACGAUGCUGUCAGCCGACGCUCGGAUCCCGCACAAGGAGCUGGUCAGUCACCAGAGGCGGGUGCACGAGGGCAUGCGCGAGAAGGAGUCGGAGGCGAUCUUUGUCAAGGAGGCGAGGGCCUCCCAGAUGAACGAUGAGGCGCGGGAGCGGGCGGUCGAGGAGCACAGCAAGAGGCUCACCACGGCGGUGCCCACCGAGCGGUUCGAAUUCCGGUUCAAGAAGAUGACGGUUGAUGACGUGGGCAGGACGGGAAGGGCAAGGAGUGGUGUCGGCUGGAGGUAUGGUAUUCCGUCCGAGGACCGGAAGAAGGAUCAGGUCAAGAUUCCUACCAAGAUCGACUAGUCGUAGGCGGCGGCCCACACGAUACACACAUAAACACAUAACACACACAUACUCCCCACCCUUCCCCUCUCAUGUAGAGGCUGGAAGCGAUCACUAUUACAGUGGCAGGCGAGGGCAGCACGGGCACGAGCAUGAGCACGCUGUCAGGCUCGUCAAGCCUUAAGGAAUCUCUGGGACCCUAUACGUCAUCAGAAGCAUCGCCAAGAUGCAUGAACGAAUGGAAUGUUUGAUACCAGGAACCAAUAAUUUGCCCUGAACAAAAGGACCGAUCACUACAGCCGGCUUGAUUUCAGACAAUAAGCCGGGCGUGCUCCUCCCACGCCACAGGGGCCUGCUGUUGGCCGUCCACAUCAACGACCAGGUUCUGGCGGAUGGCCUCGAUCUCAGCACUGGUCAGGCCGACCUGGUCCCGGAGGUAGUUCUCCACGCUGCCCCAGCGGUUCCGCAGCGCGACCAGGGUGGCGGCCAUGCUCUCGGGCCGGCUGCUCACUAUGCGCUCGGCCUCGGCGUUCCGGCCGCGGAGGGGCUCCCUCGUGAUGAGGUGGGCGACGAACUCCUCCUUGCGCUCCUGCAGACCCAGCUCGGUCAGGCUGUACUCGUGGGCGACGACCUCGUCAGACACGCCGCACAGGCUCAGCACCAGGGCCACAAGCACGCCCGUGCGGUCCUUGCCCGCGGUGCAGUGGACCAGCACGGGGAAGGGCGUGGGCCGGCGGGCGAGCUGGCGGAGGAUGAUGGCGAACGGGGUGGAGCCGGAUGGAUCGGCACCGGCCUCGAGGAUGCGCAUGUACACCUCGACGAAGCCCUGGAGGUCCCGAGGGAAAAGAGGAUUCGCUCCUGUGUUAGCCUUUUUGUUCUCCUGUUUUUUUUCUUUCUUUUUCUUCUGGGAUAGAUAUGAGAUAGAGGGAGAGGGAGAGGGAGAGGGGGGAAGAGAGGAUGAGAGGGUGAAGACGGCUGGAGAAGGAGGGACAAGGGAAGAGGUUGGUGUGAUAUCUCAUGUGACCAGGCCAACAUGUGGAGAGAAUGCAGUGUUCUCCCGAUCCAUCCGAGAAAGUGCAAUAUCAUUAUGACCAUUGUG